UCCACUAAUCUGGAAGCUCUCUCCCUGGGCUCGUGGCAUAGCCUGGUACUCGCGUGCCAGAAGACUACCGUCACAAAUUUUCACCUCGGGGUAAAAAAUGACACAAUCGACGAUUAUUCUCACUUUUAAACUCCGCGUGGAAGUUAUUGGGGACUCGAUAGCACCAGUCGAAUUCUUCAUUUUACAUUAGGAUAACAGUAUUUUGAUCUUACAUUUUUCUCGAGAACGGAUAACGAGGAAGAUACUUCGACCAUGGUUGUGUUUACACGGAAUGACUGAAACUAAUAUUUACAAAUCGCAACCGACGCAAGGAGGGAGUACAUUUAUGGAUGGUCUUGGCGGGGCACAUAGGAACUCUACUACUGUGUGAAUAGCCUACCAACUGACUUUUGCUUUCAGGAUUCUACCUUUCGUUCUACAUUUGGGUCUAAAGUUCGGUGGUUCUGUCUCUCUGGGAUUGUAGUUUUGUGGGAGAGUGUGGCGUCAUGACUUGGAGAUAGAUCUUGCUAUGAGUCUGGCGUGGAAAAUACCUAUUGGAAGGUGUGCAGCGGGCUACAGACUGGGAGGACUCGACAUCGGCAACUGAUAGGCAACCCCCGUUUUUACCGAGCGUAAUGCACCUGGCAUGAAGACAGAGAAUGGAUAUUAUAUGGGAACUAUUUAUUGUUCUUCACGCCAAUUUCAUAAUCUGUAUAUCAGCUCAGCCAAAUGUACCUAAAAUACAUGAGGGAUGGUGGGCGUACAAGGAUGUUGUUCAGGGGAGCUUUGUACCAGUGCCGUCAUUCUGGGGGCUAGUGAACUCAGCUUGGAACCUGUGCUCCGUGGGGAAGAGGCAGUCUCCCGUCAACAUCGAGACCAGCCACAUGAUCUUUGACCCCUUCCUCAAGCCCAUCCGGCUCAACACGGGAGGACGCAAGGUGGGCGGGACCAUGUACAACACUGGUCGCCACGUCUCACUGCGAAUGGACAAGGAGCACCUGGUGAAUAUCUCUGGUGGACCAAUGACGUACAGCCAUCGCCUGGAGGAGAUCCGGCUACACUUCGGCAGCGAGGACGGACAGGGCUCUGAACACCUUCUCAACGGACAGGCCUUCUCAGGAGAGGUUCAACUUAUACACUACAACCACGAGCUGUAUACAAACUACACAGAGGCAGCCAAGAGCCCCAACGGACUGGUCAUAGUGUCUAUAUUUAUGAAGAUUGCGGAGACUUCAAAUGCGUUCCUGAAUCGAAUGUUGAACAGGGACACCAUCACAAGAAUAACAUAUAAAAAUGAUGCGUAUCUACUGACGGGCCUGAACAUCGAGGAGAUUUACCCAGAAACCUCUAGUUUUAUCACGCACGAUGGGUCCAUGACCAUCCCGCCGUGCUUUGAGACGGCCACUGAUCCUGAUGAAAAGCCAGUGUACAUCACAAGGAUGCAGGUCCAUGCACUCCUACGGCUGUUGAGUCAGAACCAGCCGCCCCAGAUCUUCCUGAGUAUGAGCGACAACGCCGCCCCGGUUCAACCGCUGAACAACCGCUGCACGACUAACAUCAACUUCAGCAUGCAGGGCAAAGACUGUCCCAACAACAGGGCCCAGAAGCUCCAGUCCGAGGUGAACACAGCUCCAAUCCACCCACCACCGCCAUUUGUUAGCAAAGUGUUUAGGUCUGACUAG